AUGAAAACCAGCUGGAUCAAAUAUGGGGAUUACCCUACUCAGUUAAUGUAUAGGAGAGUUAAACAACAACAAAUACAAAAGGAGAUUUUAACUUUAAGGAGAGGCGAAGAGGAAUGGGUGGAAGGGUAUGCAGAAGUGGAAAAACUGGUUUCUAACUCGAUGAAAGGAGUCUUUUCUCCGACAAGAGAGGACAAUCACGACGAAAAUAUUGAUCUUCUUCUCCGACAAUUACAUAUUCCGCCUAUUUCCAGGGAAAGUUCAGACGGGUUUAAUGCAAACUUUUUCAAAAUCUUUUGGAAUGAGGUGGGUCAACUGGUGGUGGACAGUGUUCAACAAUUUCUACGGUCUGGGAACUUGCUCAAAGAAUGGAAUCAAUCACUUCUUGUUCUUAUCCCGAAAGUUAAGAAUCCAGAAACUGCUGAGCACUUCAGACCUAUAAGUCUUUGUAAUACCAUUUACAAAUGCAUCUCAAAGUGCCUGGCGAAUAGACUGAAAGCAGUGCUUCCUGAUAUCAUUUCUGAUAGCCAACAUACCUUCAUCCCGGGUAGAUACAUGGAAGACAACAUUCUCCUGAGUCACGAACUCAUGCAUCUCCUGAAUAAGCAGAUUAAAGGUUUGAAGGUUUCGAGGAGAUCUCCGGCCAUUUCCCACCUUUUCUUUGCUGAUGAUGCCAUGCUUUUCUUCAAGGCAUCAGAGGAAUCUUGUUUGUGUGUAAGGGACAUCCUUCACAGGUUUAGCAGAGCUUCGGGACAGUGUUUGAGUCUCCAAAAAUCGUUUGUUAAAUUCUCCCCGAGGGUGCCACUUGAGAUUAGAGAUUCCAUGAAAAGGAUUUUGUCUAUGUCUGAGACACAAAAUAUGGGAACACACUUAGGAGCUCCAAUUGAUAUUCAGGGUAAGAAAAAACUCUCUUUUCAAUUCCUAGUUGAUAAAGUGAGGGAAAAGAUUGUUUCUUGGGCCUCUUUACGUCUUUCACAAGCAGCAAAACUUAUCCUCAUCAAUACUAUCUUGGUUAGCAUUUCGACUCACAUCAUGAAAUGUCUUAAGCUUCCCCAGAGCAUAGCAAACAAAAUUGACUCACUUAUUACCAAGUUCUGGUGGGCGAAUAAUGGGGAGAAGGGAAUGCAUUGGGUUAAGAAGGAGGUAAUCCAACUUCCGAAGAGUAUGGGGGGUCUUGGCAUUCGGUGUAUUUCAAAACUCAAUGAUGCUUUACUCUUCAAACAAGCUACCAGAAUGCAUUUGAACCCUCAACUCCUUGUUUCAAGAGUGCACAAUAGCUUCCAACCUUGUGGAAUUUGUAACAUCUCAAGGUUUAAAAGGGUGGGAAACCCAUCUAUGCGAAGGCUUGGGUUACAGAAAGUAGUAACUUCUUUCAAGGAAGGUUUUGCAUGGAAAGUUGGAAAUGGGGAAAGUAUAAGGGCAAUCAGUAUUCCCAGGGUGAAAAGGAAGAUCCCUACAGUUAACUCAAAUCAAACGAUUGGGGCUUCGAUAAGAUGGAUGGUUAGCGACUUUAUUAAGCGGGAUAUCGUGUCUUGGGACCCGGGUAAGGUUAGACAAUGGUUCGACUGGGAAAGUUCUAAGCACAUUUUAUCCAUGAAACUGCUGGCGGAACCAAUGGAUGAUUACCUAUAUUGGAAGUUUCACCCGUCCGGAAGAUUUAGUGUUAAGACUGGCUAUUAUUUUCUGUCUAAAGAUCAAUUGUCCACUUACCUAUCGUUCUCCGCCACAGAUGAAGAUUUUGCAAAACUCAUCUGGAAGUUGGAUAUUCAACCCAAGUGGAAGAUCUUUCUCUGGAAACUCCUCCAUAACGGCAUAGCAGUAAAGGUAAACCUGGCCAAUAGAGCCAGAAAUGGGAAGGUCUUUCAGGAUUGUGGGAUUACUUUUGCAUCUGUCAAGGAAUUGGUCAACAUAGCUAUUAAGGAUCACGAGUCUUUCAUGAAGGAUGUAAGGAAUGAGUGUACAAGUGUAACAGAGGAGUGCAUCGACCCCAUUCUCCCGCCGGUGUUCAACCUUGUCCAAUUAGGAAGACAGAAGACCGAUUUUGCCAAAUUGGUUCUACAGGUUGAUGGUUCAUGGGAGAAAGCUUCUACUAGAGCGGGAAUAGGAUGGGUUGCUUCGGGUCCAGUUUUAUUUAGCAGAAAUAGGGGAGGAGGCAAAUUUGGGACGGCUUCGUCAGCGCUAUAG